UCAGGCGCAGAUGGCCUGGGCUCUCUCAUGGAUCGACUCUCGACCCUCUCUGCAGAGGACAGGGCAGCCAAUAAUACUCAGCUUGGCCUCACCACGCCGAGCGGGCUUGGUACUGAGCCAGGUCCCAGCAAAAUAGAGCCAAAAGCUGCACUAGAGACGGCGACAACAGAAUCGCUUCCCAGCAAGGUCUCACCUGUCCUCACACCGGCAAUAAAGAGCGCAAUAUUGCCAGAGAGCGACAAAGCAACACCCGCGGUGACGACCGAAAUCGCAGGACCUGCCAGUCCAGAGACUGCCCCAAAGGAUGCUCCUCCACCCGAGCCGAUGCCAUCUCUGUUGCAGAGCUAUGCAGAAGAAGUACAAGUCACGCUCGCGGAUCAGCAAGCCGAUCCCUCCUCGCCUCUCUACAGCGUCAAGACGUUCGAAGAUCUCAACCUCAAGCCUGAGCUUCUCAAGGGCGUCUAUAAGCUAGGCUUCCAGAAGCCGUCCAAGAUACAAGAACGCGCCUUACCGCUGCUCUUGCAAGAGCCACCGCGAAACAUGAUCGGUCAAUCUCAAUCUGGCACAGGCAAGACGGCUGCCUUUGCGCUCACUAUGCUCAGUCGUAUCGAUACCACCCUGAGACAGCCCCAGGCCAUAUGUCUUGCGCCUGCCAGAGAGCUAGCCAUGCAGAUCCUCGAUGUCGUCAAGUCGAUGGGACAGUACACGAACGUCGAGACAUUCAACGCCACCAAGGGUGCCGUCUUCAGAGGUCAGCGCAUCUCUGCCCAGAUCAUCGUCGGCACGCCCGGCACCGUCAUCGACAUGCUGCGACAACGCUCGCUGGAUGUGACAAAGAUCCGCGUGUUUGUGUUGGACGAAGCGGACAACAUGCUCGAGCAGGGCUCAAUGUCAGAUCAGUGCAUCACCCUCAAAAAUCAAAUAGCGAGGGCGUCCCCGAAAGCUCAGAUUGUCCUCUUCUCAGCAACUUUCAACGAGAUCGUUCGCGAGUUCGCAGCCAGAUUUGCACCGCAAGCCAAUACGAUCGCUCUGAAAAGAGAAGAAGUCACACUCGAUGCGAUAAAGCAGUUCUUCAUGGCAGACUGCGACAGCGAGCAGCACAAGUAUGAGGUCCUCGUCGAGCUGUACAGCUUGCUUACGAUUGGUCAAUCCAUCAUCUUCACUCGGAGGAGAGAUACGGCAGACAAGAUUGCAUCCCGUAUGACGAGCGAAGGUCACAAAGUCGUUUCGCUUCACGGCCAACUGGAGACCUACGAACGAGAUGCGGUGAUGGAGAGUUUCAGAGAAGGCAAGAACAAGGUCCUCAUCACGACCAACGUUCUCUCGAGAGGUAUCGACGUCAUGCAAGUCAACAUGGUCGUCAAUUACGAUAUGCCGACGACUCAGCGAGGCGAGCCCGAUCCAGAGACGUACAUCCAUCGCAUCGGACGAACGGGUCGAUUCGGGCGCCAAGGCAUCUCGAUCAACUUUGUGCACGAUCACCGUUCUUUCCAAGAGAUGGAAGCCAUCCAAGCGGCAACAGGUCGUGAGAUCUUACGAGUAGAGACGAGCGACUUUGAAGUCAUGGAAAAGACUCUCAAGGACGCGCUCAAGGGAAAGUCAUAG